AAAGGAACCAAAGAAUAUAAGAAAUAUUAAUUUGGUGUUGCACUUGAAAACUUGUUCAUUUGCCUGUGCCGUUGCACUAUUUGCUCUCUACUCUCAACUCUCAACUCUCAAUGAUCCUUCCAGGGUCUAUUUGAGUGUCAGGACUGCAAUCUUUUGGGGGACUGAUCAGCUUGUUUGUCAGUUUGCUUGGUCUUAGCACUCACUGUCAAGUUUUGAAGUCUGGAUUUUUUAUGGAGUGCAAUAAGGAAGAGGCCUUAAGGGCCAAGGACAUUGCUGAAAAGAAAUUGGAAAACAAGGAUUUCAGAAUGGCUCGUAAAUUUGCGCUUAAGGCUCAACAGCUAUAUCCUGAUUUGGAGAAUAUCACUCAAAUGCUCAUUGUUUGUGAUGUGCAUUGCUCUGCUGAGCUGAAAUUGUUUGGCAAUGAGAUGGACUGGUAUAAAAUUCUUCAAAUUGAGCUGACAGCUAAUGAUGCAACAAUUAAGAAGCAAUACAGGAAGUUGGCUCUCCAACUUCAUCCUGAUAAAAACAAAUUUUCUGGUGCAGAAGCUGCAUUUAAGUUGAUUGGGGAAGCUCAAAGAGUUCUUUUGGAUAAAGAAAAGCGAUCUAGGCUUGACAUGAAUUUGCGCAGGGUUCCAAGGAACAGAACUGCUAUGUCAUCUAAUCAUCAGCAGAAUGUUCAGAUGAAUUUUAAUCCUGUGAUGCAAACAAAUGUCAGGCCCAAUUUUACAAAUUUAAAUCCUCAACAGCAACAACAGUCUCGGCAAGCAUCUCAGCAGGGCCUUAAUGGUGGCCACCCUACUUUUUGGACUGUUUGCUCAUUUUGUUCUGCUAAAUAUGAGUACUAUAGGGAUGUUUUAAAUAGAGUUCUUCGUUGUCAACAUUGCAAUAGGCCCUUCAUUGCAUAUGAUGUGAAUGUGCAAGGUACAACACCAGCAGUUAAUUUAAGUCAGCAAGCUUUCGGUGCACAGAACGAUAGUCAAAAUCAUGGCGCUUUCAAGGUUGGUGUUGGAUCUCAAAGUAAUUUACAUACUCACAGGUCCAAUAAAGAAUCACAUAUGAAAGGAGGCCGUACUGCUGAUGUCUCUGUAAAGCCAAAUGGAAAGAGGAAGAGGAAGCAGGUAGCAGAAUCCAGUGAAAGUUCCGAAUCUAUAUGCAGCACUGAUUCUGAAGAGGAUAUGCUUUCUGAAAAGGAUAUGCUUUCUGAAAAAAAUGGUUUUCCUGGUGUUUCUAGUUAUAGAGAAGAGCGUCCUCGUAGAUCUACGCGGCAAAAGCAUCAGGUUUCCUACAAGGAGAAUUUGAGUGACGAUGAUGAUGAAGGGUCUGGAUCUCCGGUCGGUGUUGGUGAAAAUCAUGGGGAGGCAGCUAAAAUGAAUGAGCAGAAUAGUUUGGCUACUGAUCUGAAAGGUGAUCAGGAAAAGGUAAAGCAGAAGCAGAAGUUUUAUUCUGAAGAGAGCUUACAAAAUGUAAAUAAGGAAACUAAGGAGGUUAGAGGAAAAGAAGCAGAGGGCAGCUCAAAGAUAGAUGAAGCUUCAGAGGAUUCAACCUUCAAAUCAACAAAUCAUCCAGAUUAUUUUGUUUAUCCUGAUCCAGAGUUCAGUGACUUUGACAAGGACAAGAAAGAGGAGUGUUUUACUGCUGGGCAGAUUUGGGCUAUUUAUGACACUGUAGAUGGCAUGCCUAGAUUCUAUGCUUUAAUCAGAAAAGUUCUCUCUCCUGGAUUCAAGUUGCGGAUAACAUGGUUUGAACCAGAUCCUGAUGACUAUGAUGAAAUCAAGUGGUUCGGUGAGAGUCUGCCAGUUGCAUGUGGGAAACAUAAACUUGGUGGCACUGAAACCACUGAAAAUCGUCUGAUGUUCUCUCAUCUGAUUUCUUGUGAAAAGAGUGGCCGCAGUUUUUAUAAAGUAUAUCCUAGAAAGGGAGAAACUUGGGCUCUUCUUAAAAAUUGGGAUAUCAAAUGGCAUAUGGAUGCGGAAUCUCAUCGGCAGUAUGAUUUUGAGUUUGCUGAAAUCUUGUCAGAUUAUGUUGAAGGUGUGGGAGUAGUUGUUGCAUACUUAGCUAAGUUGAAAGGUUUUGUGAGUCUCUUUUCUCGAAUUGAGGGAGGCAAUCGCACAUCUCAAAUUUUACCAGUUGAGUUAUUCAGAUUCUCUCAUAGGGUUCCAUCUUUUAAAAUGACUGGUCAGGAAAGAGUGGGUGUUCCUGUAGGAUCUUAUGAACUUGAUCCUGUAUCCUUGCCAAUGAAUCUUGAAGAGAUUGCUGUUGCUGAAGAUUUGGAAGUAAAGGUUGGUCAUUGUCCGACGGUCGGGAUGAGCACAAGGUCGUCACAAAAGUCGGAAUUCAUCAUAAAUUUGGAGGGAGAUGCAUCUACUGCAAAGGUUAAUUUGCAAAGAAGCAACUCAGCAGAGGAGAAAAAGGAUCCUGUUGAUAAUGGUAGUGCUCCUUCAGCUUCAGCCACAGAAGCAUUUGAAAUUCCAGAUCCUGUGUUCUGCAAUUUUGAUGCUGCAAGAUCCAUUGAAAACUUUAAGAUUAAUCAAAUAUGGGCAUUUUACAGUGAUGAGGAUGGACUGCCAAAAUACUAUGGUCAGAUUGAGUGUGUUCUGACAAGCGAAACAGAUGUCCAGUUGCAAGUUACGUAUCUUACUAACUGCUGGCUACCGGAGAAUGCUGUUAGAUGGGAAGAUGAGAAUAUGCUUGUUUCCUGUGGAAAAUUUAAAAUCGGAACAGGUGCUCAACCCUACACUUAUGCUAACACCUAUUCUGUUUCACAUCAGGUGCAAGCUAUUACUGAUGAUAUGAAGAAGGAAUAUGAAAUUUUUCCAAGGAAAGGUGAAAUUUGGGCUUUGUAUAGGAAUUGGACAACUAAAAUAAAACGUUCGGAUUUGGAAAACUGGGAGUAUGACAUAGUGGAAAUUGUUGGAAAAAAUGAUUUGUGGAUGGAUGUUUUGCCUUUGGAGUUGGUAAGUGGUUAUAACUCAGUUUUUAAGGGCAAAUCAAAUGGCGGAUCAGCUUUGAACAUGAGAAUAUCCAGGAAAGAGUUGCUCAGAUUCUCACACCAAAUCCCUGCCUUCAAAUUGACAGAAGAAAAUGGUGGUGAUCUGAGAGGCUUCUGGGAACUUGAUCCGGGAGCACUGCCUCUCCACUAUUUUGGCAAUAAAUGAUAGAAAGCCUUCGGCUACUCCUGAACAUGAAUAGAUCUACUUGUAUUUAUGUAUCAAUCUUUUACCAGGGACAAAAUUUUGGAUCCUGAUGGUAUUUUUGGACUCUUUUUUCUUUCUUUCUUUCUUUCUUUUUUUGUUUAAAUUAGAUAAGAAGUAUACACUUUGUGUCUAUGCAGUAGUAGCUCCUGCAUAAUCACAAUUGAUAUAACGGCACCUGAAUUCUUAGGUAAUGUUCCAGCUGCCUCUUAAGGUAAGGAGGUUGUGCUGGUUCCCUUCUACAUUCUUUUAAGUGUUGCUUCUCAUCCAUUAGAAUUAGAGUUGCGUUAAGUGUUAUCCUGCAAUAUUAAUUUUUACGUAAGGAAUUUGAGUCUAACGGACAAUCUGGGUGCACUCGCUUCAAUCAUGCAGGGUGUCCUUGCAUUAUCUCUUUUGUUAGCCAAUAUGUAUAAUGAGAACAUGGCUUUGAAUUUCAACUUCAUGGUAUUCAGAUUUCCUAAGCUGGGACUGCCCUUUC